UGUACGCCUACUUUGGAAACCUCAAAAUCGCUUCAGACGAAAAUCGACAUGGAUUUAUCCCUAGAAAUCUCUUCUGCUCUGCGACUCUUGGGAAAUACCACGAAUUUUGGUCAGGCUGAGUUCAAGACAGUCCUCCAGAAAGUCACUGAUGAAUUAAUUAACUCUGGAAAGUUGCCUGUAACAUCUACUGGAAGUGGAUCUUGUGAUGGUUCAAUAGCCAGAAGUCAUGCCGCCUUAGCAACUCUUUUCAUAGAGGCUGUGAAAUCAAAUCAGGAUGGAACGAUCGUCACCUCAACUCUGGAGGACUUCAACUGGCCGGCAGAACGCAUCUCAGACACAGUCAAAGAACUGGAGUCUUGUAGAGAGAAAAUACGGUCAAAACUUGCAUCGGUUGGCACUUUUCCGCCUCAUGUUGUUGAUGUAGAUUGGAAGCUGGAUUACCACGUCCGGAGCAGCGCAGGGGAGGAGGGCGGGGGAGCCUUUUACCUGAUAACGCUCCACACGGAAGAGGGUGGUGGCCGACGGGGGAAAGUGACCUUCUCGUGCUCCCUGGCCCAGCUCUCCCACCUGGUCACGCAGCUGCGACAGGCAUCCCGUUGUAUCCAAAAAUAUGCCAAUAACAGUUGAUCAGAUUCCA